CCUCUUUGAGAAGGCCAUGAUGAAUAGACAGACUUCUAUUUUCCUCCUCCGUUCUCUGGUUUUUGAGCUCUUCUUCCGAAAGAAAUCUCUCUUGACGGAGAAUUCCGACAGUUAGUUUCGACGAUUCGGAUAUUCUAUUCGAUUUUGUGCUUGAAGUCUCCCAAUGUGCUUCUAAACACACAUUCUUUAGCUUAGUUCUCCCUGCGUAAUUGGUGGGAAAAAGGAACUUUGCCAUCCACUUGAAUAACUGGACAGAUCCAUUAAUUAUGGGGAGCAGUGAGGAUGUGAAAUCUCCUAAGCCCGAAAAGUCUUUUCUGUCCCCACAGGACCACGGUAACGCUCCCAUGUAUCUUGAUUGGGCAGCAUUACAGGCUUAUUAUGGGCCUCAAGUUGCCUUACCUCCAUAUUUUAACCCAGCGGUCCCACCUGGUCACCCGCCUCACCCAUACAUGUGGGGCGCACCGCAGACUAUGAUGUCACCGGCUUAUGGGGCGCCAUAUGCAACAAUUUAUGCUCAUGGUGGAGUUUAUGCACACACUGGAGUUCCAAUUGGAUCACAUGCACCUGGUCAUGACAUUCCUACAUCUGGAGCUGUUAAUGAAGCAACUGCUGCUACUUCUACUGAUUUGGAUAAAUCUGGUAAGUCUUCUGGAAAUGAAGACCGGGGUUUGAUCAGUAAACUGAAAGGGUUUGAUGGGCUUGCAAUGUCUAUUGGAAAUAGCAAUGCAGACAGUGGAAGGGGAGGAACUGACCAUCCAAAUUCCCAGAGCAUGGAAACUGAUGGGUCCAGCGAUGGAAGUAAUGCAGCUAUGGUAUGUGAAAAUUCAAAGAAAGGAAGUAGGGAGACAACUCCAACUAAAGCUGAUAAGACCAUUAAGAGCUAUCCAACUCUCGCUCGAGGACUCAAUGGACCAUCCAAGAAAGUAACAACUGUUGCUGUGACUCCUAGCGUAAAUAUUAAUAAUGUCAGCCCAACUAAUGUUCCACAACUUGGCCCUGCCAUGCCCAAUGAAACUUGGACUCAGGACAGGAAAAGACUAAACAUGGAAAUAGAUUUGUUACCAUGCGCACCAAAGUGGAAUGAAUGGAAGGCGGAGACCAGAAGAGGGAAUGACCUAAUAGUCUUGGGACCAAAGAGAGAAAAUACUUUUUUUAUAGUAACAGAUAUUUCAAAUUGUUUUCCUUUUGGUUUCUGGUAUAAGGUAUACCGAUAUCAUUUCUGAUUUUUAUUACUUAUAUAUGUUAUGCAUCAGAAUGAGCGUGACUUGAAGCGUGAGAAGAGGAAACAGUCUAACCGCGAAUCUGCUAGGAGAUCAAGAUUGAGAAAACAGGCAGAGACUGAAGAGUUAGCUAAGCGUGUCCAAUUACUAACUGCUGAGAACGUAAACCUUAAAUCCGAGAUAAACAAAUUAAUGGAGAACUCAGAGAAGCUGAAGCUUGAAAAUAUGUCUCUCAUGGAGAGACUGAAAUGUGAGGAACUGGGGAAAAUGGAAGAAGAGAUAAGUUUAGGUAGGGUUGAUGAUAAGGGGGUGCAACCAGUGACUACAGCCAACUUACUUGCACGGGUGGAUGACAACUCAGACUGUGCAGAUAAAAAUGGCGAGGAAGGCGAAACAUAUGAGAGAAGUGGGAGCAACUCAAGAACAAAGCUCCAUCAGCUCCUUGAUGCAAGUCCCAUAACUGAUGCUGUGGCAGCUAGGUGAUUAAUUACGCCGCCCGCAUUUGUGUUGAGGAUAAUCAUGUGGUUUUGGCAUAUUAAUCAGUCCAAAAUUACUGCUAACUGUUAGAAAAAAGUACACACACCACCUAAUUGUGAUCUGUAAUAUUAAAAUUUGGCAGACUACGACUUGAUACUUUUUUUUGGCUCUCCCUACUGUCUUACAGUUCCAUUUCAUACUACUCAUGGCCGGUAGUGUCUGCAUGGGCAUGGGAUUGGACUGGUUCAAUCUCAUGCUAAAGCAGGCGCUAUGGGUAACAUGAAAUGAACCGGGCCAUGAUAUGAGUAUGUAUUCGUAUUGUCUUAUAUAAAAUUGUAUUGGAAGUUUUAAGUUUCAGCCAUGUAUGUGUGAGAGAAGGGUACAAAUUGUGGAACUCUUAGUUGAAAUACUAAUGUUUCAUAUAGUAGUAUUAGUUAAGAAUUGUAUAUGGCUUCUUAAUAUUUUACUCUGAUAGUUAUGAAUUAUUUAAUUUGGG